CUGCUAACGCUGCUAACCAACCAGAGCCGAGAACAUUCACCGCUUCAGCAAACAGGUCAGGUCGUGUCAGCAAAACCUCCGCGUCCCGCCAGCCGAUCCCCGCCGUAGACGAUGCGUCCCGUCCCCGACCCCCGUCUGGCAGCGCUGUGAAACAAAAACCCCCGUCGGUUGUUGACAUUCAUGGAGCUGUGACAGCGCCUUGGCGGCGAGCUGAGUCCUCAGCUUAACUUCUCCCUCUCUGUCUCUCUCCGCGGAAGUUUUUUCUUGUGCUAUGCAUUUACAAACACUGUGGAGUUGAGUGACCGGUUGUGAUGAAGCUGCAGUGCGAUGUGGAGGUGGUGAGCCGGCUCCUGCCCUCGUACGGGAUGAGGGGUCGCGGGAAGGGGAGCAGAGCCGUGCUCUCCAUCGGGAAACACCCGGACAAGAGCAGCCCGAGAACCAGCAUUUACCUGAUGAUCUGCACGGCCAAGGACCGGGCUGGAGCCAAGUACAAGCUGAAAGACAACAUAGAGAAGUUCUUCACUUGGUUUGUAGAGGAAGGCAAGGCCACUGUGCGGUUAAAGGAGCCAGCAGUUGACAUUUGUUUGAGCAAGGCUGAUGCAAAUAGCUUGAAGAAUUUCCUGUCAGCAGCUCGUUUGGCAGAUCGGGGAAGUGACACGAGCAGCCUUCCUCUGUCCACGCUGACUCCUGUUCGUGCCAGAGAUGUAGAGCAACCAAAGAAGAAGCUCGCAAUCAUGUCAAAGAAGGAUUAUCCACUCACAUCUAAUUUUCCCUACUCUCUGGAGCAGCUGCAGGUCUCCUACUGCAAACUGUCACGGGUGGACAUGCGGAUGUUGUCCCUCAAAGCUUUACGCAAACUGGACCUCAGCAACAACCACAUCAAAAAACUUCCUGCCACUAUCGGUGACCUCAGCUGCCUCUCUGAACUCGUCCUUCACAACAACCACCUGGAGGCCGUGAGCGAGGCCCUCUGCCUGUCCACCCUGCAGCGGACCCUCCAGGUCCUGGACAUCAGCCAGAAUCGGCUGCGGACCCUGCCCUCUCAGUUCUGCCAGCUCAGAGAACUAAUAAACCUCAAACUAGACGACAACGAGCUCGUGUGUUUGCCGUUCCACAUAGGCCGGCUUUCAAAGUUGAAGUACCUGUCUGCUGCACAUAACCAACUGGCUGCUCUUCCUGGUGACUUUCGGAAGCUGAGUCUGGAGAACCUGGACCUGUUUGGAAAUCCAUUUGUCCAACCCAACCCUCUGGACCACACAAUGAAACUUACAUUCCCCCUUCCACUCCAAGAAAUAGCCACCAGAGCUGCAGCUAAUCUCAGGAUUCCUUAUGGACCUCACCUUAUCCCUGCCCACUUGUGUCGGGACCUUGAUUUAGCCAAGACUUGUGACUGCGGCCGUGCCUGCAUCAACUUUUACAUCAAGACGGCCGUGAGCAUGAACCUGCACCAAGUCUCUCACACCGUGGUGCUGGUGGACGACAUGGGAGGCACAGACGCACCUGUACAACAGCACUUUUGCUCUCUCUCCUGCUACUCUGAAUUUUUAGACAGCUCCCUCCAGAGAGGAAUCAGAUGAGCAGGAACAUUGAAUUGCGUGCUGUGAAGGCUGCAAUACUUUGUGUUGCGAAAUGCUGUAAGACGGUAUGUGACGAUGACGGUGACGAGAGCAAGUUGUGAUAGAUAGUUGCCCAACAAGGUGGAUUCCUGACUCUUUAAAGAGAAGACAGUAUGGGCUUUGUUAUGCUUUGUUUUUAAAGAUGCUUCAAGCUGCUUGUUUUACUCUCGCAUCCAACUUACAAAGUAUUUUUCUUGUGUCAGAACAUAGUAAGGGACAGCCUCUCCUCCAUGUGUGCUGCUGGCAAGUUUCUUGAAUAUCUUGUCUUUUACUAUUCUUCUUACCUUUUAGAGCACAUUGCAGGUUGUCAUUAUUACUUAUUACAUCACAUCAGGGAAAUAAAGACGUAAGACAAAUUUCCUGAACACAGUGCCUAAAGGGUUCAUAAGCAGUAGCUACUAGUGCACUGUACUAAUGACCCAAAAGUUUUAUAAAUGCAUGAAAAAAUAAAUAA